AUGGGUCAGCUACCGAAGGUGCGCAUCACUCCUGCUCGUGCGUUUCUCAAUACGGGAAUUGACUUUUGUGGACCCGUCUGGCUGAAGAUCCCGUUACGUCGAAUGAAGUCUGCUCCACCAAUCCGAGCGUACGUUGCAGUAUUUGUCUGCAUGGCCACGAAGGCCGCACACCUUGAAUUAGUAGGCGAUCUUAGCGCCGAAACGUUUAUUGCAGCAUUGAAACGCUUCGUUACCCGCAGAGGUAAACCAAUCGCCCUGUUUUGUGACAACGCAACCAACUUUAAGGGCGCAGACAAGGAGCUACGGAAUCUCUGCAAACAACUUAACGAUCAGCAACUGCAAAUGAAAGUAGCGUCCUUCUGUGCUGACUCAUCGAUACAAUUCAGCUUCAUUCCCGCUAGAGCACCCACGUUUGGCGGCCUAUGGGAGGCCGCUGUCAAGGCAUUCAAACACCAUUUCCGGAGAGUUAUUGGCCUUGAUUCGUUAUCAGCAGAAGUUAUGCAAACCAUUCUGUGUCAGAUUGAGAGCUGUCUUAACUCACGCCCACUGACUGCGCUUUCUGAGGACCCAAGCGACAUGGAAAUCCUCACACCGGGACAUUUUCUGGUCGGAUCAGCCCUCCAAUCAAUCCCGGAGCCCGACCUAGCCCAAAUUCCCGAGAACCGGCUUUCGCUGUGGCAGGAGAUGCAACGACGAACUCAAUCCUUCUGGAAAUUGUGGUCAACGGACUACAUUACCCAACUACAGCAACGGACGAAGCACUACUAUCGACAGCCGAAUGUUCUGGUCGGCAAACUGGUAAUCCUGAAGGACGACAACUUACCCCCACUCAGAUGGAGUGUGGGCCGAAUCACAGCAGUCCAUCCCGGCGCGGAUGGCCUCGUCCGUGUGGUUACCAUCAAACUGGCAUCCGGCGCAGUCUUCGAUCGGCCGAUCGUGAAGAUCUGCCUUCUACCAAUAGAUGACGAGAUGAAGUCUACUCCCACUUCUGGUGAAGUGACUGGACCUCCUGAUGAAGACGCAGCACCCGCUGCUAACCCAAAAUAA